AUGGGGUGCUAUCCUGAUUUCGAUUUUGACUCGGUGCUGCUGAAGCUGUUGUGGCACCGGGAUUCGCUCUCAUCGUGGGAAUGUUCUAUAGGCGUGAUGGACAGCCCCUACGUCAAGGUAUUUGGUUCGCAGGGAAUUGUAUUGCCAAUAUCUUUGGAGGUCUCAUCAGCUACGGCAUUGGGCAUAUUCACUCUGCUCUGGCUACGUAGAAAAUACUUUUCCUUAUACUCGGAGGAGUCACCGUUGCUUAUUCAAUUCUUCUUUGGACAUUUCUCUCAGAUUCACCCAGAAAACGCACGAUUCCUCAAUGAAAGAGAGAGGAAGUUGUCAGUUCACCGGACCCUGAAAGAUAUGUCAAACUUAUCAAGUCUUGGCAGCUUUAAGAGAUCCACAAGCUUGACUAUUGGCCUUCUAUACAUUCCCUGUCAAUAUAUGCAAUGGUGGAAUAAGUACAGUGAGUUCAAUAGCUUACUCAUUGAUGGAUUCGGCUUCGGCUCACUUCAAACCCUACUGCUGCAAAUUCCCGUUGGGGGCAGCCAACUCGCUCUACUGGCAAUCAUGCGAUAUUAG